AUGAAUAAAGAAAGAAGAAAAAAAAAUAAAAACUACUCCGUCACGUAUAUCCAAAAAUUGCCCAAAAAAAAUCUCCUGUUAAAAAGAUGGAAGUACGACCUGUAUGAAAAGAUUAAAGAGAAAAUGAAAAGGGACCAAGAGUUAAUGAGUACAACUAAGGUGUGUAGACGCAAGUACAAACUGCCGGUUGAUUUUUUCAAGCUAGGGGACGAAGUGCGAGGAAAAAUUGUGCAGGUAGAGAAUCACCUGAUUAAGGUAGACAUAAACGCCAUCAACUUUGCACACCUAUACAUUAAACGGUAUUUUGAAGACAAGGCGCAACUGGGAAAGAAGUAUCAGGUGGGAAAGUACAUCGAUGUCGUCAUAUGCUACAUCCACAAGAAGAAUGGGAUCAUUCAGGUCACCAACAAUGAAGAAGAAAUUAAGGCGCUGUGUCGGAGCUUGCAAAAGUUGAGCAGCGCGGGGGUUUUGCGGCCGCGCACUGGGGAGAGGGGAAGUUCGACAACAGGCGAGACGGCAGACUCGAAGGGGGAAGCGGCAAACGAGUACCUGGCGGGACCCCCACAAGGCCCCUCGGAAGAUGUAACCUCGAACCAGAUGAAUCUUCCCCCCGCCAACAUCAAUGACGUAUCCAUUACCUCCGACGUAGCCAAUACCUCCGACGCAGACAAUACCGCCGACGCAGACAAUACCGCCGACGCAGCCAAUAACGCUAACACUGCCAACACCGCUAACGCAGCCAACACCCCUGAUGAGGUGAAGAAGCAGCUGGGCGUGGACUUCAGAACCAACGAGGAGGAGGAAGAUCUCAUGUACAUCAAGGAGGAAAGCUCAUCCAAGAGGAAAAAAAAAAUUACUCACUUCAAGAUAGAAGACACAGUAAGUGGAGUGGUCCAACACAUAAACGAAGAAGGGGCCUACAUAGACAUCGGGUGCAAGACAUUGGCCUUCCUAAACUUGGGUCACUACAAUAGGGAUCCCAAGUCACUAGUCAAAGAUGUGAAGAAGAAAAAAAUAUCCAUUGGAGAUUACCUAAAAGAUUUAAAGGUUAGAAAAAUAGAUGUGCUGAGUAACAGAAUUGAAGUCACCUUAUACACCCUGGAGGAGGAAGCAUGUCUCCGUGUUCUAAAUCAACAGGAGACCGUGAAGGAGCAAAAUAAGUACAUGCCAUGUCCAUCCUACGUCACGCAGAACUACCAUAUGAUCCAAUACUUAAAAAAAUAUAAUGAACUGAAAAAGCAGAAGAAAAAAAACGUACAUAAUUUGUUCGAUAAGAAAGAACAGCUAGAUGAAUUGAAGAAGGUUUCUCAUUUGAAGAAGAGUCAGUUCGCUCCUUUCAUCCUCCGUUACAAUGAACUGACGUCACCGAACAAUAACUACGAAGAUAUGCUGGAGCAGCAUGCAGACAAUGAAGAGUUUUUACAAGAAAUUGGUGCACUGCCCACCCCAGACGAUGAACAAGCCGAGGAAAAGUUCAGUCUCGAAGCGUUGAAGAAGCAGAAUAAAGCGUUAAGGGAUGAAAUUGAGCGAUUUAGGGAGGGUUCUUCCGACACAGACACCCCAGAUGAAGGUGACAGCCACCAAGGGGAAGAACCCCCAUUCGAAUCGACUCAAAUAACUCACGAAAAUUUGAAUAAAUUCUUUAGCGACAAUGUGGACAGCUUGGAUGAAUCCAUGGAGAAAUGCACCACUGACAGGAACACCGAAGGGUGGGAGGACGACCAAACCGUCCCCAUGGAAGACGACUCAGAUGAUUUUUUCCGUCUCUACCAUGAACGUGCGACCAAGAAACUAAUGAACAAACGCGACGACAGUGUCUCCGAUGGAAACAAACAGACCCUCAUGUACCUAAAGGAUAACAUCAGCCAAAUUAAACAAAAUGUCCUAAGUGAGGGAAAAAAAAAGACUGAUACGGAUGUGAAAGCGAAUCGCGGUGAAAAGGUCAGCAGCACAUCCCGUGAAGCCUCACGUGAGAUGCUACACCGGUGGAACCAAGCCCUAACCGGCGAUCUGAACAAAAGAGAAAGCGCUACACAUGAUGGACCAGGUGGGAGGAGGGACUCCGCAGGGGGGGCACAGCCCGACUGGGCCAGGUACCUCGACGAAGCGGAAGAGGUUAAGGAGGGGAAUAUGGAUGAGGAGGACAACGAUGACGGCGACUACGACGAGGAGGAUGAGGGUCGAACCCCAGGACAGUAUCCCCACCGCACCAAGGGGAAAGUCAAACUCACAGACCUUCAGUACAUAAACGAGAAAGAAAAAAAAAGGAAGCUUAAAAGGAGGAAUAUCUUUCGGGAAGAUGACGAAGUGGAGGAUGACCUUCCCAAGGGGGCGGACCGUGGCGGCUACGUCGGCCGUGAGAAAUUCGGGGGGGAUUUCACCCACGGGAGGCACGACACAGGCGAGGGUAUCCCAAACAGUGACAACCAAAGCAUUGACGACGAGAAUAGCGAUGGAGUGGAAGGCGAUGGAGCCGCCGCCGAACGCUCCUUCUUCAACGUGAAAAAAGAACUCAAGCACAUCUUCAGCCAAAACCUAAGCAUGAACCUUCCCAAGGAUGAAGAGAAGUGCAUAGAGGAAGCGUCCAAGCUCUUUGGAGAUGAUAUAAAAACUUGGAAUGAAAAAAUGUAUUACUACUUUGGGGAUAGAGAUCAGGUUUCCCUUGACGGAUUCGAUAUUUAUGAUGAGGACGAAUUUAGAGACAAUCUCGUCGAUAAGGGGGUCGAGGAGUUUAGCGAGUAUCAUAGGCUCCUCGACGCGCAGCAGUUUGACGUGACCAGCGAGCGGGACUUUUUGGGUGCCACGUAUGGUGGUGCAGGGGGGAUGGAAGCAAGCGGUUCGACGGGAAAUAGUCCCACUGGAAGUGGGCCCAUUGGAGGAGAUCUCACUAACGGGACGCGCAACGGAGACAACCUCGCAGACCCCGUUGACGAAGGAACCAGAGAACGAGGAGGCACAUCCGCGGGCACAGCCUCUCCCCCCGCAUCCAACACGCAACAAGCCAAACUGAGUGAAGCCCUCCUGGAGGAUGAUCUCGAAAAUUAUUUGAACACCUUCGUGGAUGAGGAGAGUGAGCAGAAGCAGCAGGAUGAUCCGACGAAUGAACCGCACAGUGGAUCAUAUAAAGAAGGGGAAGCAAAAAACAACACACAGGAGCGCGCCCCCGAUUUAUACCCCGAAGAAAAAAACGUGAAAGGAGAAAAGACACCCGUGGGGAAAAGGACCAACGAAAGGUCAACCAUCUGGAGGGACGAGAUGAACUCGGUGCACUCUAUAGACUCGGUGCACUCUAUGGACUGCCUACAAAACGGAGCCCUGCGUCAAUCCAGUUGUGACGUCCAAAUGGACAAAGGGGACUCAAACCAGGGGGCAAAUUCCCCUACUGAGAAAGAAAUAAACGUGGAAGACAUUGUGAAGAAGGCCAUAAACAUUGGCAAUCUGUUCAGAAAAAAGGAACUGGAAAAGCUGAUUCGGAGAAGGACGCAAGAGGGCGAGAGGGGGGACAGUUCUGAUGCACGUGGUGAGAGGCUCCCCCUUGGAAGUGAUGAGCCGUGCGGCCCCGCGCAGGGAUAUGUGGAGGACUCGCCAAGCAAACCCUUCCUAAGAGUCAGCAAAAUUGUGAGGCAGGGGGACAACGAGGGAAUACACCCCUUGAACGUGAAAGAAAAGGAGAAGGAAAAUAAAGACGAAAAGAGGAACAUUGAGGAUGACGCCAUUGGAAGCAGCCCCCAGGAGGACGACGACGAACUGAAGCGAUACAAGCACGCAUCCUACGAGGUGCUAGGAUACUACAAAAGGAAAAGAAAAAUGAGAAACUUUCACGAAUUGGAAGCAGUCGAUGGGGAAAAUGAUGAGGACGUAAUUUUCAAUGAUCAAGAUUUGUUGGGUAAAUCCAGUGAGGACACACCAAGUGGUGAUAAGAAUAGCCCUCACGACGAAAGGAACAAAAAAGAACUUCUCAAUCUGGACCGACAAAUGGAUCUGCUCUUCCUACAUGGACAGCAGGACAAAUUAACAGGAGGAAAUUACGUGGAGAAGUUACUCGGCGAGGAGAAAUAUAAAAAUAAAAAUUCCAACAAGGAAAUAGACUUCCUCAUUCAUAAUUAUAAAUAUGUGAGUGAACACCCGGAGGAGCUUAUUCAAGAUUUUUACAACACAAAGGAGGGGGAGAAAAACACAGUCAUCGAUCUGUCCAAUGAAAGAAUGACCGAUGUGGUCAAUGAACCAAAUGGAGAAGUGGAAAACCGCCAGAGAGGCAUACCAAACGAUGGUGUGUAUAAAACGGAAAAGGAGAAGAAACUCCCAACAACGAAAAACUCAGCGAGGGAAGAAGCACAUAUCACGCGAUCAACUGACUUUAAUAUAAAACAAACGAAUGGAAUCGAAACGGAAGCGAAUUACAUGUCUGAUGAGAGCAUAUCCCUCAGAGCGUGGUCGUUAAAAUUGGGGCUUCUAAAGGAAAAGCAUAUGGACCUGGAUGACCAGAGCAGACGCGGAAGAUGA